AUGAAGGAUAAGAGGGAGUACGUCGACCGUGGCGUUGGAUCAUUAUUGGAUGGAUAUUGCACUACUGCUGACCUUGUCGCUAUCUCUCGUUUCUACAUGAAUCUCAACACUGGUAGUGAUCUGCGGAAUCGAAUGAGUCACUUUCUCUGCCACGCGUGCUUAUUAAGGGGAGAGUCUGCACGAAACAUGGAGUUACCUGACAUAUUUAGCGUGGAGUUUUUAGAGCACGAAGGCUAUACAGAGUGUCGUGCCCUUGUGAUGAUCAUGGAACAAGGGAAGACAAAUCAGUAUGGCCGUCGUGAAUUUGGUUCAUGCAUCAGACACCGUAACGUAGAAGUUUGCCCGAUUGGAGCGCUCGGAUUUUAUCUAUUUUACCGCUGGGGUGUGCAAAAUGAAGAUAUCCCUAAUUUCCUAGUGCCAGAAGAAUGGUACGACAUUAAAGUACUGAAAGCAGAUAAAACAAAACCGCUCCGAUGA